ACAAUAAAAACAAAGAUAGAUAUGAUAUCUCAUGAUUUACGCAGAGGCCUGUGACACUUCAUGAUUAAGAAAAAAGGCAUGUCAGGAUUUGCCCUGGCCUCCUCUCCCCUCACCUGCAGCAUUUCCUAGGCAGGGUCUCAGUCUCACGGAUCUCGCAGCGUCGUCACCGUUGAGUCCCGAAGUCAAACUGCUGAAAUGUGACGUGGUUUGUCAAUGAGGACCCGCGCAGGGAUGCAGACAGGGGCGAGGCGAAACGAAGAGAGGGAGUCUUGCUGAGUUUCCCCUGAUCGGCGCGGGACAUGGCUGCUUUGGGCCAGGCGACGGGUGCGCUGCUAUUUCUGGCGCUAUGCGCGCUAUCGAGGGGCGCUGGGGUCAUCCAUCUGACGGACAUGUACGGAACCAUACAGACGCCGAACUUUCCCGAAUCGUACCCGAAGGAAUCCGACAUGCAGUGGAAUAUAAGUGUGCCAGAAGGGUUUCAGAUCCGGCUCUACUUCAUGCACUUUGAGGUAGAACCAUCCUACCUCUGUGAGUACGACUACGUCAAGGUCCUCUCUGACCAGGAUGAGCUGGCAGUGUUCUGUGGCAAGGAGAGCUCAGACACGGAGCAGGUCCCUGGCGAUGACGUCAUCACAUCCGUUGGGAGCGCGCUCAGUUUGGUCUUCCGCUCCGACUUCUCCAACGAGGAGCGCUUCUCUGGGUUUGAGGCUCAUUACAGCGCUGUGGAUGUAGACGAGUGCCGUGACCGGAAUGAUGAGGACCUGGCCUGUGAUCACCUCUGUCACAACUACAUCGGCGGCUACUACUGCUCCUGUCGCUAUGGUUACCUGCUGCACUCGGACAACCGCACCUGUAAAGUGGAGUGCAGUGAUGGUGUGUACACAGAGCGGACAGGUGUAAUCUCGAGCUCCGACUUCCCCCAGCCGUAUCCCAAAAGCUCAGACUGCCUUUACCGCAUCCAGCUGGAGGAGGGCUUCCUCAUCACACUCGACUUCCACGACACCUUCGACAUCGAGGACCACCCCGAGGUCACCUGUCCUUACGACUACCUCAAGAUCCAGGCGGGUCAGAGGACUUUGGGUCCCUUUUGUGGGGACCGCUCACCUGGUCGUAUUCAGACAGGCAGCAGCAGUGUGAGCAUCCUGUUCCACAGCGACAACUCUGGAGAGAACCUUGGCUGGAAGCUCACCUACUCCGCCACAGGAAGUGAGUGUCCUGUGCCUGUGAUGCCCUCAUUUGGUCACUUGGAGCCAUUGCAACCAAAAUAUAGUUUCAAAGACCACGUGCUGGUGACUUGUGACACUGGCUAUGUGCUUUUCAAGGAUGGAGAGGUGAUGGAGCACCAUCAGAUAGACUGCCUGAAGGAUGGAACCUGGAGUAGUGAAGUCCCACCCUGCACACUGAUCAACUGUGGUCCACCAGAGGCGAUAGUGAAGGGAGAGGUGUUGUUUGACGGCCCAGAUAACAGCACUCUCUUUGGGGCCAGCUUCCAGUACCGAUGCCUGGAAGACCCACAGAGCACCACCCCAUCUCCUCACGAUGCCGUCCCAGCUCCACCUCAUGCCAUCCCAACCUCACCCGCUGCCACCUCAACUCCACCCGCUGCCACUUCAACGUCACCCGCUGCCACUUCAACCUCACCCGCUGCCACCUCAACUCCACCCAAUGCCAAGCCAACUCCACCCAAUGCCAGGCCAACUCCACCUGAUGCCACCCCAACCUCACCCAACUCCAUCCUAACUCCACCCACUGCUCCUCCAGCAGACAACAGUACCUACAUCACAAGGCCUUUAUCUAACGGUACAUAUGUGUGUGGAGAGAGAGGAAAAUGGACUAACGCUGAGCUGGGCACCAAACUCCCAUCUUGUCUCCCAGCCUGCGGCGAGCCCUCUAAGCCCCUCCCGUCUCUCGUGCGGCGUAUCGUGGGCGGCCGCGUGGCGUCGGCGGGCCAGUUCCCGUGGCAGGCGCGGCUGUCGGUGGAGGACUCGUCGCGGGUGCCCGAGGGCCGCUGGUUCGGCAGCGGCGCGCUGCUCUCGUCCUCCUGGGUGCUGACGGCGGCGCACGUGCUGCGCUCCCCGCGCCGCGACCCCUCCGUGGUGCCCGUCUCGCCCGGCAGCGUGCGCGUGCACCUGGGCCUGGCCGACCUCCGCCGCCCCCUGCUGGCCUCCGCCGGGCACGCCGUCCAGCGCCUGCUGCUGCACCCGCGCUUCGACCCGCGCAACUACGACCACGACAUCGCCCUCCUCCGCCUCGCCCAGCCCGCCCGCUACACCCCGCUGGUGCGGCCCGUCUGCCUGCCCGUGCCCUGGGCCGAGGGCCAGCCGCCCGCCCCGCCGCCCAACACCCUGGGCCUGGUCGCCGGCUGGGGCGUGAUGGCCACCAACGGGUCGGCGGACUCCGCAUCGCCAGGGGGCGCCGUGGCGGAGGAGGUGGAUGGCGAGGGCGAGGGCGAGGGCGAGGGUGGGGUGUCGGACGUGCUGCGCUACGUGAAGCUGCCGGUGGUGGAGCGCGCGGAGUGCGAGGCCAGCUACGCCUCGCGCUCGCGCAGCUACAACAUCACCGGCGGCAUGUUCUGCGCCGGCUUCUACGAGGGCGGCCGCGACACCUGCCAGGGCGACAGCGGCGGCGCCUUCGUCACGCGGGACCCGCGCACGGGCCGCUGGGCGGUGCAGGGCCUGGUGUCGUGGGCCGGGCCCGAGGAGUGCGGCUCCAGGAGGGUGUACGGCGUCUACACGCGCGUGGCCAAGUACGCCCACUGGCUGCACUCGCACAUGGACACCGACCGCUGGUGGUGAGUGACCCUACGGCACGCGCGGCUCCAUCCCGGGCACACGCGGGCAUCCAAUAGGCACAGGGUGA